CCGUUGGAAUUAAGGGCAAAUCUGUUAUUUUCAACUUACUAAAAAUCCCUUCACGCCGGACUAAAACCUCUUGCAGUUCAGCAAGCUUCUUUUAGCCCUUUCAAGUUUGCUGGACGCCGGCGCCGGCGCUGUCACCGUGCCGGAAAAGUAGAAGAGCAGCUAGCUAUAACUGUAAGUUCAGUUUUGGUGUGCGUAAAAAUCAGAAUGGCAAAGCGUGAACUAUCCAGUACCUUGAGGAACUUGAAGUUUAUGCAAAGGGCAGCUCUGAGAGAGGAAAAGCCUAAGAAGGAAGAAGAAGAAGAAGAAGUAGUGAUACCUGAUGAAACCUUUCCCUCUAGUGCUCCAAAAAGAUGUGUUGUCAUUAUGGAAGGGGAUCCCCACCCUGGGACUACAAGGGGUCGGAUGUCUUUUCAGUGUUUUAAUCCUUCUAUUGAUAAAUUAAGAGAAGAAGCGUCAAAACCACAUUCUGAAGGUUCUGCUGCUUGUUCUUCAGAGACGAGUGAAAUAAAUUCGAAAAGAGAAAAUGGAACAUCACAAUGUGGGUUGGAGAACUCUAAUAUGGAUGACUCGUGUCAUUCUCCUAACGAAGAUCUUAAAAGGAAGCAAGACGAGACAUCCUCUGAGGCGCAGUAUCCAAACAAAUCACAUAAGAGAGUUCUUGGCAAUCCAGCGGAAUCACCUAGUAGUAGUCAGAGUUCCAAAAAACCACAUAGACUGGACUGGAAUGUUCUUAAACCUCCUAAGUCUCAAAAGAAAAGGCGGUAAGUGUGAUUUUGUUUACUGAUUUGGCAAAUUUCUGUAUUUUCAAUUUAUGUUGAGGAAUGGCAACAUUAGUCUUCUGGAUUAUGGUAAUUCUUUUGUAUCAAUGUAUACUAGCCUUUUUACUUUUGGAUUGUUAUAAUCCUUUAGGAAAAGUUUCUGCCAGGUUUGUUCUAAAGAAAUAGUCACAAAACGUCUGUGAGAAAAUAUGGGUAUUAAGUCUAUAAGAGAAAAUUUCAAUGA